CACCUCCCGACUACAGUAAAGAUCAAGGAACAUCUGUCUGACAAAUUGGCAAAAUAACAUAUCUCGUUUGUUCGCUGUCAUCCUCACAAGCUGAUAUCAGCAUAUUGCAGUCAAACACAUAUCAGCCAUCCCGCACUGAUUUGCCAGCUCGGCGCUUAAAGUCACCUCGUUUCUUGGUUGACAUGCCAGCAUGUUAAUUAACUGAACCAAGAUGUUGUCAGGCUGUCGGCAGUUCAAAGAGGUCAGCCUUACCGUCACCGGGGCGCAGUCAUUCAAGGAUCGCUUCCCGGGAAGCAAACCACACGAUGAAAAUGUGCCAGGCUGCUCUGAGGAUGCCACGGGACGAUUCAAAAUUCCAUGCAAUGUGACCGGUCUUUCGCACGUCUACAAUCUCUACUUUGUGGCCUACGUGGACAGGAUAUAUGUCUAUGAGCCGCAAUUUCCAUCCCAGAAUAUUGAGCAAGAGCCUGUCUUGAUCAUAGACACAGAGACGAAACCACAAUCUCCUGAAGAUCAGAGACACUAUGGACGUUACGCAAAUCGAGGCACACGAGCCAUCAACAGGCUUCUGGUACAGCUACUUGGAACCGAAGAGAUAAUCGCCGUAGCUAGAGAUGAUGGCGAUGUCGAAGCAUACUACAUCCGGCAUAUCUACAGCGCGAUUGAAAAGCGAGCCUACUACGACAAUACUCUUGGUAUUCUCGGGACCGAUGUCAAGCCAUUCUUUCAACGGAAUGUGGGCCUCAGUGCAUGGGGAUUGGCUAUUCACAGUACGGCUCGCAUGAUUGCUGCCAGCUCCAACACACACGCAACAACCGUAUUCACCUUUGCACUCACCGAUGGCGAGCCUGAAGACGAGAUUGAUCUUUCAGACGAGGAUGAGGUCUACUACUAUGCGAUGAAUGAAGUCAAGCCGCCAAACGAUCGGCGCAAGAACGACGUUCGUAUUCUGGCUCAUGCUCAGGGAUCUCAAAACCUGCCCGACAUCGCUUUUUGUAAUACUGGCAAUGAUCCUGCCGGUAGGUGGCUGCUGACUGCCGACAUUCUCGGACAAGUGGCGACAUGGGAUGUACAUAACCUACAGUUGAUUCAGCUCGUCAAUGCCGCAUUGAGUCCUCCUGUAUUCUCAAUACCCUCUGGCUGGAUGGAUCCACGCAACGGAGUGUGGGGUCUUUUGUUUCUUGAUCCAUUAUCUUUCAGGAACACAGAAACCGUAGAAGAAGCACUGGGCAUCUCUGAAGACCAGCCUAGUGUGGACCUGCAAAAGGUGAAAGACACCGCCAUCUGGGACUUGGGCAGGACUGUGGAUCGACUUGAGAACGUGCGUCGACCAUUCAAGGACUUCGGCAAACCAGUUGAAGUGAAAAAUGGCAAUUAUGCAGACCCCUUGGAGAUGUCACGGCAAACUGCCAACGUAUCUUCAAGUGGGACUACUUCCCGGCGAAGUCACUCUCAGAUCAGCAGCACUAUUGAGGAAGAAGAAGAGGACGAAAGUGAAGACCGAAUGCCCGAGGACAGUGAUGAUAGCGACGAUGAAGUCGGGUACGAUUCGGCCGAGGAGUCUCAUGUAACCGUUCAAAGGCAAGACGGAAGCCUUUUCCAAGUGGAGAAACCCAAACCAGGAGCCAGAUUCAGACGUGGCGAGAGCAUGUGCGGCGACCUCCCCUGUCCAAUACUACAACUUUCAUUCAAAGACGUCUACCUCUACCAACCAGCGCCGAACAGCAAAGCCUGGGAACACUUCCCUAUGCCAUCGAUGAGACGUCUCUUCCGGCAAGAAGUGCCCGCAUGUUUCGAGUCCGGCAAAUUCGGCCGCAUCAACAUGUAUGCACAAAUACCCAGUUUGGGUGUUGUGAUUGUAGCAACACAGAAAGGUCGCAUCGCCAUACUAUCACUCACCCAGACUGUUACGCGUAUGCUCGAUUAUGCCAAGCAAGACCCAACCCUCUCGCCACAAGACAGACCACGAAUGGAGAAAAGGAUAUAUGGAUUCAGGGUGGAUCAUAUGCUACCUCUUCCCAGCCAAGAAGAAGCCGGACAUCGACCAAAAGCUGGAAUACACGGUAUCGCUGUUGGCCCUGUACAAGGCACUGAACACCUCGACGACGGAUUGAAGCGAUGGCGAUUGUUGGUUCAUUAUCAAAACCACGCUAUGCUGGCUUAUGAGAUCGGCAAGUCCUCCAGAGAUCAACUCGAUUUGAGUUUGAUGGCUAUAUAGUUGUGCUGGAUCGAGUCGGGCAGUCAUCCCGACUCUCAUGAACGCUCCGCGAGAAGUUGUUGAUGAAUCUUGUACUUAUAGUGCACCCUCCACUCUGUACAUCGCAUGACAUCCUAGGCGAGGAUGGCAUAGUAUACAAUAGACAGCGAACAACUAUAUGCACAGUUCUAACCCAAG